AUGCCGGCUACGACUAUUCCGAUCGUGAAGAAGCGGACAAAGAGGUUCGCUCGCCACCAGUCCGACCGCUUCAAGCGCGUGGCGCCAAACUGGCGCAAGCCCACAGGUAUUGACAACUGUGUGCGCCGCCGCUUCAAGGGCACCAUCGCCAUGCCCAAGAUCGGAUACGGCUCGAACAAGAAGACCCGUCACAUUAUGCCAAACGGCUUCCGUCGCUUCGUCGUGGCCAACCCAAGUGACAUGGAUCUUCUUCUUAUGCACAACAACACGUUCGCCGCUGAGAUCGCCCACAACGUGAGCAGCAAGAAGCGGAUCCAGAUCCUCGAGAAGUACGUAUUGAGCGAUGUGCUGAACACAUGCUAA